GUAUACUGGUCGGGUCGCAGCGGAAAUGGUAAAAGUAAAACCCAACACUCACAAAACCACCGUUCAACGCCUGAAACCACACUGAUUCUGCCGUCGAUUCCCGAAUUCAGUCGCCGGAGCCCUACCGCCCAAUCACGCAUCACUCGAAAGGGAAUCAUCAGAGGGGAGCACGUGGUGACAAGUGAAGUGGUGGGAUAAAAGGGAGAAGCUAUUCUUGAUUCCGGAACUCACGAGCUGCAUUUCUACCUUUCGCUGCUGUAGUAUAAAAAAUUCAAGAUACAGCGACCGGGUUCAGGGGGCGAGUUGCCCCAGAGUGGAGAGUUUAUCCCUUUCCCCGUAGCACGGAGGGUGAAUUCCUUCCAAAGUGUUGCCAUGGAUGAUGAUAUGGAGGGAGGGAGCUUGGGGCCUUACCAGGAAAGGCCAAGGACAUUCCCGAACAUGCGUACUAAACCCUACACUCCACUGAUAUUUCGUCUACUGAUGAGAAUAAACAGCCGUGUUCUUUUGGUGCUUUUGAUUCUUGGACUGGGAGUUCUCUUUUAUAUUGGUGCAAUUACCUCGCCAACUAUUGUGUUUGUAUACGCAGUUUGCAUUGUCAGUUUUUUCGUGUCCAUAUACCUUACAAAAUGGGUACUAUCUAAGGAUGAGGGGCCUCCUGAAAUGGUUCAGAUAUCAGAGGCUAUUCGUGAUGGUGCUGAAGGUUUCUUUAGGACUCAGUAUGGAACCAUCUCAAAAAUGGCUAUUUUACUAGGAUUAGUAAUCCUGAUUAUAUAUCUAUUGCGGAGUACAACCCCACAGCAAGAAUCUUCUGGUUUAGGGAGGGCAGCAACUGCUUAUAUUACUGUUGCUUCUUUCCUUCUCGGGGCUAUUUGUUCUGGUAUUGCUGGCUACGUAGGCAUGUGGGUCUCUGUACGUGCAAAUGUUCGAGUCUCAAGUGCAGCAAGACGAUCUGCAAGAGAAGCAUUGCAGAUAGCUGUUCGUGCUGGUGGGUUUUCUGCUUUGGUGGUUGUCGGAAUGGCUGUCCUUGGUAUUGCUAUUCUUUAUUCCACCUUUUAUGUUUGGCUGGGUGUAGAUUCAACAGGUUCCAUGAAGAUCACUGACUUGCCUCUUCUUCUUGUUGGAUAUGGUUUUGGAGCUUCCUUUGUCGCACUUUUUGCGCAGUUGGGUGGUGGUAUAUAUACCAAAGCGGCUGAUGUUGGAGCCGAUCUUGUUGGAAAGGUGGAGCAGGGUAUUCCUGAAGAUGAUCCAAGAAAUCCUGCUGUCAUUGCUGAUUUGGUUGGAGACAAUGUUGGUGACUGUGCUGCUCGAGGUGCUGAUCUGUUUGAAAGUAUUGCUGCAGAAAUAAUUAGUGCAAUGAUACUUGGUGGUACAAUGGCACAGCGCUGCAAAAUUGAAGAUCCAUCUGGUUUUAUUCUGUUUCCUCUGGUUGUUCACUCAUUCGACCUGGUGAUAUCAUCAGUUGGGAUCUUUUCUAUUCGCAAUACACGUGGAUCUGGAGCGAUUGGUGUUUUAGAGGAUCCAAUGGCAAUUCUGCAGAAAGGAUAUUCUGUAACAAUAUUGUUAGCAGUUGUGACUUUCGGUUUGUCCACACGCUGGAUGUUAUACACGGAACAAGCACCUUCUGCAUGGCUGAACUUUGCCUUGUGUGGUUUGGUUGGGAUCAUUACAGCUUACCUCUUCGUCUGCAUCACAAAGUAUUACACCGACUACAAGCAUGAGCCUGUGCGCACAUUAGCUCUUGCUAGUUCCACUGGUCAUGGAACUAAUAUUAUUGCAGGAGUUAGUUUAGGUCUUGAAUCAACAGCUCUUCCCGUUCUUGUUAUAAGCGUAUCCAUCGUUUCAGCUUAUUGGCUGGGCCAGACUUCGGGUUUGGUUGAUGAGUCUGGAAGUCCAACUGGUGGAUUGUUUGGGACGGCUGUUGCCACAAUGGGAAUGCUCAGCACCGCAGCUUAUGUCCUGACGAUGGAUAUGUUUGGUCCAAUAGCUGAUAAUGCUGGUGGAAUUGUUGAAAUGAGUCAGCAGCCUGAAAGUGUACGUGAAAUUACUGAUGUGCUUGAUGCGGUUGGGAAUACUACAAAGGCCACGACCAAGGGAUUUGCAAUUGGUUCUGCAGCAUUAGCAUCUUUUCUUCUGUUUAGUGCAUACAUGGAUGAAGUAGGUUCAUUUGCACAAGUAAAAUUUCAUCAGGUUGAUAUUGCCAUUCCUGAAGUGUUUAUUGGAGGACUUCUGGGCUCUAUGCUUAUAUUUCUAUUUAGUGCUUGGGCUUGUGCCGCGGUUGGUCGAAGUGCUCAGGAGGUUGUCAAUGAAGUAAGAAGACAGUUCAUUGAGAGGCCUGGGAUCAUGGAUUACAAGGAGAAACCUGAUUAUGGUCGGUGUGUAUCUAUAGUUGCCUCUGCUUCUUUAAGGGAGAUGAUUAAACCUGGAGUGCUGGCCAUCAUAUCACCCAUAGUCGUUGGUAUCGUGUUCCGGGUGCUAGGCUACUACACAGGCCAGCCACUCCUCGGGGCAAAAGUCGUGGCAUCGAUGUUGAUGUUUGCCACAGUUUCUGGCAUCCUUAUGGCCCUUUUCCUCAACACUGCUGGAGGUGCCUGGGAUAAUGCAAAGAAGUACAUAGAGACAGGAGCUCUGGGAGGCAAAGGGAGUGAGUGCCAUAAAGCCGCUGUUACCGGUGAUACAGUGGGAGACCCAUUUAAAGACACAGCAGGACCUUCUCUUCAUGUUCUCAUCAAAAUGUUGGCUACGAUCACUCUUGUAAUGGCUCCAGUCUUUCUGUGAAUUGUCAUCUCAGGAAAUUGCUGUUUCACAAUACUCUCUAGCAUAAUGCGAAUAUAUUAUAUAUAUAUAUAUAUACGCUCGAGUUUUUUUGAUGUAAUCGGAGAUGCCAAUUGAAAGUAAUAUUAACAUAACUUCUCUCUCA